CCUAUUUUUUGUUUUAUGUGUUGGUUGAAAAAAAAAUAUACAGGUAAGAAUAAGGUGCCAUUCUUUUGGUUUGGGCCUUCCCCUAGGGUGAUCAUCAUGGAUCCUGAGCUUGUAAAGGACGUUCUUUCUAGUAAAUUUGAUCACUUUGAGAAGCUAAGUUACACGCCAAUUCUAAGGCAACUAACUCUGGGGGUCGCAAUGUAUGAAGGUGAGAAAUGGGCCAAGCAUAGGAGAAUCAUUAACCCAGCCUUCCAUGUUGAGAAGUUGAAGAUGAUGAUGCCAUUAUUUUCUGCUUGUUGUGAUGAGCUAAUAAGUCGAUGGGAAGAGUUGGCUGAUAGUUCAAAUGUGUUUGAAAUAGAUGUUUUGUUCGAAUUCCAAAAAUUUUCUGCAGAUGUCAUCUCCCGAACAACAUUUGGUAUUAGCUAUAAAGAGGGUCGACGAAUUUUUGAACUACAGAAAGAGCAAACUAAGCUUGUGUUCGAGGCUGCUCGGAAUUUGUAUAUUCCUGGUUUUAGUUGUAGGUUUAUACCCACCCAAAGAAACAGGCGAAGAAAUGAAAUCUACAAGGAGGUUACUGCAUUACUGAGAAGUAUGAUUGAACAGAGAGAGCAUGCAAUAAAAAAUGGUGAAGCUAAGACUAAUGACUUGUUGGGCUUGUUGAUGGAAUCAAAUAAAAGACAUGCUCAAGAAGGAGAUCACAUGCAAGAUGCUAGUUUGACUACAGAAGAUGUGAUUGAGGAGUGCAAGUUAUUUUACUUUGCUGGCCAGGAGACAACAUCAGUUCUUCUUACAUGGACCAUGAUCGUGCUCAGCAUGCAUCCAAACUGGCAGGAUCAGGCAAGAAAUGAGGUUUUGCAGGUGUUUGGCCAAAGCAAACCAACCUUUGAGGGCUUAAGCCGGCUGAAGAUUGUGACUAUGAUUUUUUAUGAGGUUCUAAGAUUAUAUCCACCGGGAGUUGCACUCUUUCGACAUACUUGCAAAGAAAUAAAGCUGGGAGAGUUUACUUUCCCACCUGGAGUGCAACUUUUGUUGCCUAUCAUCCUUUUCCAUCAUAGUCGGGAGUUUUGGGGUGAAGAUGCUGAAGAAUUCAACCCUGAGAGAUUUUCUGAAGGAGUUUCAAAGGCAACCAAGAACCGACUCAUCUUCUUUCCAUUUGGUUGGGGUCCUCGAAUUUGCAUCGGCCAGAGCUUUGCACUUACAGAAGCUAAAAUGGCUUUGGCAAGAAUUCUGCAGCGCUUUUCAGUUGAGUUGUCCCCAUCCUAUGCCCAUGCUCCCUAUAACAUUUUAAUCCUUCAGCCUCAAUAUGGUGCUCAAGUCAUUUUACACAAACUUCAUCCAUUGUAAUUAGAAUGGUGCUCAAGGCCUUCCACUAACUCUCAGUACUUAUUAUAAAAUUUGAUGUCAUUAUCAAAUUACGACAGUUUAUGUACUUUUCUUUUCA